UUGACAGUGUUGAUGAUGCUGAGGAGAGAGCAUCCUCCGCCGCAGCUCUUCACUCAGACAGGCCGUGUGUGUGUGUAGAGGUGAUGUUAGGAGGGAGAGCCGCGUUGUUGUUGUUGUUUUUAUAUGCUCCUUCGUUACCGUGAGUUCAGGCUGCUCCCGGUGAUCUCCCGUUUUCAGGCUGACGUCCUGAGAUCAGCGAUGGUGGAUUUGUCCGAAAGUGGUGCAGUGUCGCCCGGACACGGCAGACACGGACCGGGCUCCGGCUCCGGUAACAACGGGAAGAAAACGUCGAAAAAGUCGCGAACGAGAAGAGGCAAACGGGGCCGGAGAAGAAGGAGCAAAAAGAACAACCGGAACAACAAAACGCCGCCACCGUAUUUACCACCGGAGGCUGAAGAAGGAAACAUUGAAUAUAAGCUGAAGCUGGUAAACCCCACUCAGUAUCGCUUCGAGCAUCUGGCCACGCAGCUGAAGUGGCGUCUGCAGGAGGGUCGCGGCGAGGCCGUCUACCAGAUCGGAGUGGAGGACAACGGCCUGCUGGUUGGCCUGACCGAGGCCGACAUGAAGGCCUCGCUCAAGACCUUAAAGAGGAUGGCAGAGAAAGUCGGGGCGGACAUCACUCUGCUCCGAGAGAGGGAGGUGGACUACGACUUAGACAGAAACACUCGGAAAAUCGCAGAAGUCCUCGUUCGAAAGGUUCCUGAUGAUCAGCAGUUCCUGGACCUGCGGGUAGCAGUGCUGGGGAACGUGGACUCGGGGAAGUCGACCCUGCUGGGCGUCCUGACGCAGGGCGAGCUGGACAACGGGCGAGGCCGGGCUCGACUCAACCUCUUCAGACACCUGCACGAGAUCCAGACCGGACGCACCUCCAGCAUCAGCUUCGAGAUCCUGGGCUUCAACAGCAAAGGAGAGGUCGUGAACUACAGCGAGUCUCGGACAGCCGAGGAGAUCUGCGAGAGCUCCUCCAAGAUGAUCACCUUCAUCGACCUGGCCGGACACCACAAGUACCUGAAGACCACCAUCUUCGGCCUCACCAGCUACUGCCCCGACUUCGCCAUGCUGGUGGUGAGCGCCAACACCGGCAUCGCCGGGACCACCCGGGAGCACCUGGGCCUGGCCAUGGCGCUGAAGGUUCCCAUCUUCAUUGUGGUCAGUAAAGUGGACCUGUGCUCCCGCGGCACCGUGGAGCGAACCGUCCGACAGCUGGAGCGAGUCCUGAAGCAGCCGGGCUGCAACAAGGUCCCCAUGGUGGUGUCGAACCCGGACGACGCCGUCACCGCCGCCCAGCAGUUCACCCAGUCGUCAUGCAUCACACCCAUCUUCACCCUGUCCACUGUGUCUGGAGAGAGUCUGGACCUGCUCAAGGUUUUCCUGAACAUCCUCCCUCCGCUGAGCAACAGCAAAGAGCAGGAGGAGCUGAUGCAGCAGCUCACUGAGUUCCAGGUGGAUGAGAUUUACUCAGUUCCUGAUGUUGGGACCGUGGUCGGAGGAACUCUGUACAGCGGAGUGUGUAGGGAGGGCGAGCGGCUGGUGGUCGGUCCGACAGACGAGGGCCGUUUCCUGCGUCUGAAGGUGGGCAGCAUCCAGAGGAACCGCUCGGCCUGCAGGGUGCUGAGAGCCGGACAGGCCGCCACGCUGGCUCUGGGAAACUUUGACCGCUCGCUGCUGCGCAAGGGCAUGGUGAUGGUCAGUCCCAAGAUGAACCCGACUAUCUGCUGUCAGUUUGAAGCCGCCAUCGUCCUGCUCUUCCACGCCAAGACCUUCCGCCGGGGGUCACAGGUCACCGUGCACGUCGGCAACGUGCGGCAGACGGCCACCGUGGAGUGCCUUCACGGAAAGGACGAGCUGCGUACGGGCGAGAGAGCCGUGGUCCGUUUCCGCUUCAUCAAACACCCCGAGUACCUGCGGCUGGGCGCCAAGCUGCUGUUCAGGGAGGGCGUCACCAAGGGCAUCGGCCACGUCACCCGCCUCCUGCCCCCCUUCCAGAACCACGACCAGAACCAGAACCAGAACCACGACCAGAACCUGCAGGAGCAUUAAACACUCGUCCUCCAUCCUCGCAGCUGCACGAUGGACAGAUGUCGAGCUCCGUGAGAACUUUGACCGGUCAGACGUCACCAACGCUCCUCUGAUCGGGUUUAUUCUCCCACCACAUGUCGGCGUAUUAAUCCUCCUGCCCUGGAUCUAUAGUUAUGUCCUCAUUCGCUCCUGCUGCGAUGUCACGCAGUCCGUCAUCAUCAUCAUCUUCCUCCCAGCAGGCCUUGUGUCUUGAGUUAAAGCUGGCGGACCUCAGUGGACUUAAGCCUGGACAGUUAAUCUGAUGUUGUGCCACAGAUUGAUGUAAGAGGCUCCUUUUCCUCAGCGGCUGUCAUGAGACGGCAGCGGGAUUAUUUUUGGGGAGGAUUUGAGGAACGUCUUCAGACGAGGAGAGGAGACGUAACCCCGGUGCUCUGCUGACUUCUGUGCUCUGCUGCUGCCACUCAGCAUGUGACGAGGGAGGCCGUCGUCCUUCUCAGCACUCUGAGGUGGAUUCAUGAGGAGUUCAAUGGAGGAGAAAUUAAUCCCCAUUUUUAAUUUUCCCUUUGACUUUGGCAAAAUCUGACAUCACGUCGUUAGCAGUCUGCAAGAAACUGGACUCUAGAGUCCAUGGUGGAGGAAGCAGUCGAUGCUACAGAGACGUUUCUCCACUAAUUUAAUCUUCGAUCACAUGUUAACUAACUUAUUAAUUAGAGAUCAGAAAUUACUGAUUUGUGUGCAGAAGUUUAACGAACGCGUCCAGAGUUCGACUCAACAGUUUAGAUUGAUUUAAAGUACAGUGAUACAUUUUUAUACCUCAAUCUGAAAAACCCAGCAGCUCGUCGUAUUAUGAUGCUCUGUCCUUUUUUGCACUUUAUUCCGUUUUAAUCCUAACUUUGAUUCCCUGCUGUCGGCUCUGGAUCAUCUGCAGACUCAGCACAAACAGAAACAAGUUCCUAUUUUCCCCUUUUUCCAUUCAGUUUCUCCUUUAACUGAAACUUUGACAGAUAUUAACCAGUUUUGGAGGAAGCAUCAGAAACAUGUCUCAUUAUGUAAAUGUGUUCUAAUGGAGCUUUUCUACAUUUUACAGCCUUAUGUUCAGAUUGUUGAGAUUCACGGCGUCUUUUCAGUGUCAUUUACACACGACUGACUGAAACACCUGCAUCUUGGUUUCCAGUUUGUUCUGACUGUUCAUGUUUAGUGACGAUAUAAAACGUUGUGUACCCGGCAGCUUUUUGCAGCUCAGCAUAACCUGCAUGCUCUUUGACUGGCAGAAAAACUCGAAUCUUCUCUUUAAGAUAUGAAAUCUGUAUCCAGUGAAGUGUUGAAGCAGUUUUUAAAUGUUAUUUUUCUGAGGUUCUGUGCAAAUGUAAACCUAAAUAUCGAAUGUACUUUCCAUGGAUCCUGUGUAGCAUCUGAAGUUGCUUACUGUUCAAAUGGAGUUGCCGUCGACUUUGCACUUUUUCUUCUGAUUCUGCAUGUGUGUGUCGGAGAGCUACGUCAGCUGAUUCUGCAGGACGACAUGGACGCUGUGCCCAGAGGUCAAAGUUGAACUUGACCUCACACAGACGCUACAGCUGAACAUUUAAACACUGAAGAGUGGAUUUAUCACUUUGUUUUCUCCUGACCGUCCUCUAGCUGAUAAAUAAACCAUCACAGUGAAAACAA